AUGAUUAUGGUGCUGCCUUCGGUGGGCACCAAAGUCACCCACAGGAUGUAUACUCAUAAGGAAUCAAUGCUGUUUAUUUGGCUGACGAGAAGGUACUCAAAGAAAUCAGGUUCUUCUCACAGAUGGAUUCAAAGACAACGGACCGAUUUGUACACGCGCGACGCAAAACAUUACGAUUACAAGUCAAGAGCCGCGUUUAAGCUACUUCAAAUUGAUGAGAAAUUUGGAAUAUUUUCCCAAGAACGGAUUUCCAACAUACUCGAUCUCGGUGCGGCUCCAGGAGCAUGGAGUCAAGUUGCCCUGGAGCGCUGUCGGAAAGGUUCAAACAUUCUUGGGGUGGAUCUGCUCGUAUAUCAACCUCCUAAUGGAUCGUCUUCUAUGCAAGCAAAUAUUUUGAGUAAGAAGACCCAUGAAAACAUAAAGGAACACUUCAAAGUUGUUGAGAUGGAGAAAUUGAAACAGAAAUUUCAGCCAAUUGAGGUGAUCAGUAAUCAAACGGCCUUCGAAAUACAAGCUACGUCAGUCAUAGAUUCAGAGUCUGAAUUAAGCAAACUUGAAAAAACCGAACAGGAGCACUCAUUGCAAAAUGUCUACUACGAUGAGUUAUACAGACCUGUGGAUGUGAUUUUAAGUGAUAUGUACGUUCCCUUUCCUCAAAUAGGAGGAUUUGCAAAUCAGACUACUAACAUGCCAUAUAUAAGGAUGGCUAAUACUUCAGGUUUAUCGUUCAGAGACCAUGCCAUGUCAAUGGACUUAUGUGACGCUGCCCUUAUAACAUCCAUAGAUUUAUUGAAAAAGGGUGGCAAUUCUGUGUUUAAGUUUUUUACUGGUAAAGACGAUAAAUUCCUUGAAAAAAGGCUUACGCAUGUCUUCCGCAAAGUCAUCCGUUUUAAACCAAAGGCAUGCAGGCCAGAAUCCAAGGAAUGCUAUUUUGUUUGCUUGGAUAAGGUUGACAAUUUCGUCGAUAAAAAACAAGUUUUUCGAGCCGCAUAA